AUGGAAUCGCCUCGGUUUCCACCCCAACACCAAGCUGAAGAUGUACAAGGCGAUCAUCUGUCGACGCUGCUGUGUGGAGCGGAGAUCUGGACGGUGUUCAAGAAGCAGGCGCGAAGACUCAGUCAUUUUCACCUCAGCUGUCUUCGACGGAUAGUGAGGCUGAGAUGGCCGGACUGGAUCCCUGGCCCUGAAGUACUGGAGUGGACAGGAAUCCUUAGCGUCUACGCCAUGCUGAGACAACUGCAACUGCGUUGGAUUGAUCACUUCGUGUGGAUGGAUAACGAAGGCCGCCAAGGAGGCCAAUUCCGUCGAUACAAGUGCACUCUAAAGACCUCCCUGAAGCGUCUACAAAUCAGCCCGGCCACCUGUGAAGACCUCGCUCGAGACCGCCCGACGUGGAGGAGAACUGUGAAGAUAGGCGGAGUGAUCUACGAGGAAAACCGCAUCGACGCCGCGAAAGUCAAACGCGAAGCACGCAAAUCUCAGCUGCGCCCACCUCGCAAAUUCAACGCCCAACCGCCCUCAACGUGUCCACAGUGUUAG